AUGUCAUACAUAAAAGUUCCACAUGAUCAAAAAUCACCAACCAAAUUUAAUGCAUCUUCUAUUAGUCAACAUCGUAAUAACCAACCCAUUUAUCAUCAAUCAAUAACACAACUUCUCGAAUCUUCAAGGAAAUCUCAUUAUGAAGAGAAGAAACCUACGAUAUUUUCUCUUAAUGCAUCAUGUGAAUUAUCUUGGUCACAUUUGGUGCACGCCGAGAUAAUUGCGGUUACGAGUGCAAUGAGAAAGAAUUCAAGGUGGUCUGGUAUGAGCGUUAGCGGCUUGAAUAUGGGUGGGUUGGGUAUAAGUAUGGGUUUAAGAGGUGGUAGAAGUUCAGUUAAUGAAAAUGAUUAUAGAAAUCAGAUUAAUGAAACCCCGUUAAUGAGUGGAUUUACCUCACUCAGAGAAUCGGGGAUAGAUGCUGUGACUUUGCUGGAUCCGUUUCUAGAUGUGAUUAAAUCAGGAGAUACCAAUGGACCAAUAACAGCAGCUGCACUCGGAAGUGUGGAAAAAUUUUUGACUUAUGGCAUAUUAAAUAUGAAUUCGGCAAAUUUACCAGUAGCAAUGUCGAUGCUUUCAUCAGCCGCCACACAUUGCAAAUUUGAAGCAAGCGAUUCUGUAUCUGAUGAAUAUGUGCUAUUAAAAAUUUUACAGGUCUUGAGGUUGACCUUGACUUGUGAAGUUGGUAAAGUUCUUAGCGAUGAAGCUCUCUGCGAGAUGAUGGAAACUGGCCUGAGCAUGUGCUGUCAAAUGAGAUUGAGUGAAAUGUUGCGCAGAUCAGCUGAACAUACAAUGGUCGUUAUGGUGCAAACUAUGUUUGAGAGACUUAAAUCGCUAGAGGAGGAACAUGCAACAGGUUAUUUACAGGAAGAAGGAGUUGGAGAAAAUGGUACUUUACAGGAUACUACACAAGUGCGCAUGGCUCCACCCGAUCCAAAAUCUCCUCGUCUUCCCCUUUCUUCAGAAUAUGAUGUUACUGAAAUACCAAAUCUUUUAGCUAGUGCAAUUACAUUAUCACCUUCCGUGAAACAUGAUGAUAAGGAUUUUGAUACAUUGGAUGAUGGACAGGACGAAAUGGUUGAAUUAGAUGAAAAGGGUGAAGAAGUUAUUAAUAACAAUAAUAAUUUAAUUCAGGAAAAAGAAAAAGCCCAAGAGCAAGAAAAUGAAACUUCUAAUGAGGACGAAAAAGACGCAGAUCCAAAACCAUUCGGAUUACCUUCAAUAAGAGAAUUAUUGAGAGUCCUUAUCUCAUUGCUUAAUCCACAUGAUCAUCAACAUACUGAUACGAUGCGACUUAUGGCUCUUAGUAUAUUAAAUGUUGCAUUUGAAGUUGGCGGUCGUACUAUAGGACGAUUUGAAACUUUACGUAAUCUUGCCGUUGAUGAAUUGUGCAGGUUUCUAUUCCAGCUUGCGCGAACCGACAACAUGACAUUAUUAUCACUUGCACUCCGUGUCAUAUCAACUGUAUUUGGAACGCUCCGUCCAUAUCUAAAAUUACAACAAGAACUUUAUUUGUCAUUCUUAAUUGAAAGGUUAACACCACCUGCAAGUAGUUUAAGGCCUCUUGGAAAUAAUAGCGGAGAUUCGCCACAUAGAUCAGGAUCUUCAACACCUAGUAUGGUUCGUGAACGUAAUUUACGUGCAACGACUGAAACCUCUGUUGCCACGGGUGAAGUAAGGGAGCUUUUAUUGGAAUCUUUAGGUCAAUUUGCAAGAGAUCCGUCAUUUAUGGUUGAUUUAUGGGUGAAUUAUGACUGUAAUAUUGACUGUGGAGAUCUGUUUGAGGAUAUUGUUAAAUUUUUGAGCAAGAAUUCAUUUCCCGAUUCUACCGGAUAUUCUAUAAGCAAUUCUCAUGUUGUGUGUUUGGAUUCUCUUUUGAUGUAUAUAAAUCAUAUGGUUGAUAGAUUACAGACAGAGAAGGAUAAAAAUAAAUCAUGCACAUGUGAAUUAGCUUGGGAUCAAAUGACGGCUGCAGAUUAUAAUUCUGGAUUAAAACCUGUGACGUAUCCGUCCGCGGAAGAACUUUUGCAAAGAAAACAAAAAAAACAAAUAUUAAGAGAAGGAGCCGCAAAAUUUAAUGAAAAUCCAAAAUCUGGGCUUGAGUUUCUUGAAGAAAAUGGUCUUAUUUAUAAUGAUCCUGAUCCUUCUAUUGACAAAAAUACAAGUCUUGCCUCAUUUUUGAAAUCUACCCCUAGGUUGAAUAAACAAUUGUUAGGUGAUUAUUUGUCAAAGCCUGCAAAUAUUGAUAUAUUGAAAGCUUUCGUUAGAUUAUUUGAUUUUGAAGGAAAAAGAGUUGAUGAGGCAUUAAGAGAAAUGUUGGAGUCUUUUAGAUUGCCCGGAGAAGCACAGCAGAUUGAAAGGAUCAUGGAAACGUUCUCAGUAACUUAUUUUGAAACUGGGCCAACCGAAAUAGAAACUCAAACAGCCACUUUUGUUUUGGCAUACUCUAUUAUUAUGUUAAACACUGAUUUGCAUAAUCCUCAAGUUCGUCGUCGAAUGACGAUUGAGGACUAUAUGAAAAAUUUACGGAAAGUUAAUAAUGAUAAAGACUUUGCUCCUGAAUAUUUGCAUGCUAUCUAUGAUGCUAUCAGAAAAAGGGAAAUUAUUAUGCCCGAAGAACAUGAAGGACAGCUUGGGUUUAAUUAUGCAUGGAAAGAACUUUUAAGGAGAGCCGAAAGCGCUGGACCGUUAAUAAUAUGUGAUGUAUCUUUGUAUGAUAAAGAUAUGUUUACUACAGCAUGGAAACCUGCAGUUGCAGCUAUUUCGUAUGCAUUCAGUACAGCGCCAGAUGAUAUAACAUUGCAAAAAGCAAUAACAGGAUUUCAUCAAUGUGCAUUAUUAUCGGCAACGUAUAAAUUAUAUGAAGUAUUUGAUUAUAUUAUAAUGUCAUUAGCUAAAAUGACUGGGUUAUUAGGACCAAAAUACAGUAAUGAAACAGCCAAUAAUCCAAUCGUUAAAAUACAAAAUACCGAAUUAACUGUUAGUGAUUUAGCAAUUCAAUUCGGUAGAAAUUAUAGGGGAAAAAUAGCAGCUGUUGUAUUAUUCGCUGUUGCUAAUGAACAUGGAAAUAUAUUAAGAGAAGGAUGGAAAUAUAAUUUAUUUGUGAAUUCUUUAUUACCAAGUAGUAUGUUAAAAGUUGAAGAUUUCUUGGCGGGUACAACAACAAUACCAUUAAAACCAAAAUCAGCAUCAGCAAGACAAGAACGAAGAAGUGAUGGAUCAUUAUUAUCGGCAUUAUCAUUAUAUUUAUUAUCACCUUAUGCCGGUAAUUAUGAAUCUUCUAGAAGUGAUCCAACGGAGGAAGAAAUCGAAAAUAGCAUGUGUACUGCUGACUGUGUUAAAGUUUGUAGAUUAGAAGAACUUUUUGCUGAUAUAAGAUUGUUGGAACAGGAAUCACUUGUACACUUAAUGAAAGCACUAAAGUUUAUUGCAGAUGGAAAUACCGCGACAAAAGUUGGGGAUACAAAAUUAUCGUAUCAAUAUUCCCCGUCACCAAUUCUAGGUGCAAGCAAUGGUAAUAUAAUCAAUCAAAAUCAUUUGUCACAUGGUAGUUACGAUCCGGCCACUGUAUUUUUCCUGGAAUUAAUGAUUAACGUAACAUUACAGAAUCGUGACAGGAUUCAUUAUUUAUGGCCUAUUUUAUUUGAACAUAUUACUGGAAUUUUAAGAGAAUCUCAAAAUAAUAGUAUAUUGUUGGUUGAAAGGACCGUUGUGGCGUUAUUGAGAUUAUGUAUCAGAUUAACUCAUAAAGUAAUAGAAAGUAAUGACGAAAUGGUGAAUGAUAUCUUACAAGCAUUAGAAUUGUUAGGAGCGUUGCCUGAAGAGGUGAUAAAUUCAGUUGGAGAGCAAAUGAUGGCUGGUAUACUAAAUUUAAUAAAGUCAGAUGCCUCAUACAUUAGAGGGAAGAAACCAUGGACGAACGUAUUUAUUUUAUUUAAAGCAACAGUAACACACCCACAGGCUUCAAGAUAUUCAUUUGAAGCGAUAGCAACAAUAAUUAAAGAAAAUAAGUGUAUUAACAGAGAAAACUUUAAUGAAUGUGUUGAAUUAUUAACAGAGUUUGCUUCGGGAGCUACCACAUUAAUGGAACAAGAACGUUCUGAACAUCCAUCAUCUCAAAUUCGGAAUUCUAGAGCGAGAAUAAAUAAUAUUCAAGAUGCUAUUGUAAAAAGAGCACGUAAAUCUGUUGAAUUAUUACACCAGUUGUAUAGAGAGAUCCCUCGAUUAUUAAGGGAAUCCGAUAUUUCACCAAAAGAAGCAUUGACAUCUUAUUGGCUACCAAUAUUAACAGGAUUAAGUCAACAAUGUUAUAGUCCAUAUCGAGAAGUAAGGCAAUAUGCAUUAUCGUAUUUACAAAGGUCAUUAUUAGAUCCAGAAUUAGUAUCACAUGGAGUAACGGAAUGGGUGUUGAUAUUUGAUGUAGUAUUAUUUCCAUUACUUGAUCAAUUACUUAAACCUGAUAUAUGCAGAGGAUUUGACAGUAUGGGUAUGGAUGAAAUUCGAAUGAGAGCUUCGGGGUUACUAUGUAAAAUAUUUUUACAUUAUUUAAAUAGAUUAAUAGAAUGGGGUGGGUUAAUCAGUUUAUGGAGACAAAUUUUGGAUGUUAUGGAAAGAUAUAUGACUACUGGCGAUAAUGAUUCCUUGAGGGAAGCCGUACCGGAGUCGUUGAAAAAUAUGUUAUUGGUGAUGUCAACGUCAGGAAUAUUUAAUCGACCAGGAACAACACCACCAACUACGAAUUCCAAUUCUAAACCACCAGUUGAAUUAUGGGAUAUUACAUGGGAAAAGCAAACCACCGCUAAUAUUAUACAAAGUGAACAUGGUGUAGAAACUACCAAAACAUCAUCAGAUAACAUUAACAACGAUCAAAUUAUUAAAGAGAAUAGCAAUAAUGAUGACGUGAAUAAUGAAACGAUAAAUAUUAUUACUGUGUAA